UGCAACACUGCUGUUUAAAUAUGCGCUCUCUCAAAACGCCAACAUCCAAUCAGUGCAUUUUGCAGCAACAAAAAUGUAAACAAACAAACAUUUUUUCAUCGAAAGAGAGUGCAGGCGCAGUGGAUGCAACAAUUUUCCUUUGUGUUAUUUCUCCAAUUUGACGUUUUUCAUUCUUCCUGACAUACACAACGACCGACUCUAUUGCAGGUCAAAAAAGCGCAAAUUCAGUGGAGCAGCUUAGAGAAAAAGUCAAUUUGUUUGUGCCAGUGGUAUUCGUGGAGGACAGUGCAAUCGUUUUUGGCAAGCGCCAAGUAAGGAAGUUGCAAGUAUGCUGAAUUUUUUCAAAGACGUAAUGGCUCCUACAACGCGUAGCGUAAAAUCUGAAGACAAUAAAGAUGGCGGUGUCUGUGGUAAACUUGGAAUCAGUGAAAAUUGUGCUAAGCAAACUACAGCACCUCCACCAAUUAAAGGCUACAAAAUAACAGACAACGAACGUUCUAAAAAAUACGGCAUUGGCGCUAAUUCGCUACAAAUGCUAAAGGAUAAGGCGAAACUAAAGUUCCCUAUUAAAGACUUACGGUUGUAUAUUUCUACUGAUGGCUUUGAAGUAUCUGAUGAUGAUUACUUUCAAACAUUGGCGCCUCAAACACUUUUCAUUGUGGCUGGGCCGGAUGAGAUUAUAACAACAGAUGCCGACUUUGAAUUCGAAAAACUGCGCCAAAACUCACCUUUACUCCGUGUUGCCGAUAUCAUUUAUGAAUUCAUUGAACAAAAUCCCGAGCAAUUUCGCAAAAUGAUAACGGAUUAUGAAAAUCGCAAGAUUUGUCGUCAACAAGCGCUCGAUAGCAACAAACAGGCAUACGAAAGCAAAACCGAACUUAGUUUGCGUACACAACACAGCGAGUGGUUUGAGGGCCAAGAGGAACGUUGCCAUUCCAAGGAAGAGGCCAUGGCGCGUCGUGCACAAGAUCGUAUGCGUAGCUACUACUACAAAACGAAAGAGGAACUGACACGCAAUAAACUUUAUCGCCAAAAUCUAAAAGCACGUCACACAAUCGAUGCGGUGCUAGAGCAAUUCCGUUAUCUGCUAAUCGGUUGUGAUUACUUCUCCAUGCUAUUCGAUCGCAAGUGUCCGAAAAAACAUGCAAUUCUGCAACAACAACUCGAUGAUGAAACCGAUGCCAGCGCAAUGCUGCCAAAUAAACGACUGCGUCAGGUCAUCAAAGAGUAUACGACACGCCAUAAAAUACUGGACGAAUGGUCGGUGUCGCUCUGCACUGAGCUGGGCGAUUUCUACUGUCAAGGCAGCUACUCGGAUAACGGCAAUUGUUGCGCGCUCAAACACACCAUCAAUCCAUACGCAUCGCGUGAGAAUUUAAUACUCUUCCAGGUGUGGAAUUUAGAUCAUCAAAUUGAGUUGUCGCGUUCCAUAUUGCCCGCUUUAAUUGAGAAUGUGCGCGAGCUGGUUGAGCACCCGCAACGCAAAUGCACGCUGCACAACAAGCGCGUCAUUGACAUUUCUGUGUUGGAAUACUUUUUGGAAAUAUUCUCUUUGAAAAAUCUAAAACUGGUGCAUAUCGUUUGUCAUGAUAAAACGCAGCGCGCAAACAAGUCCAAUGGACGCUUGGUAUGUGUGCAAUGCCAUGAGUACAAAAUCGUGCAAGAAUUAAUGGGUGUGCGCAAUCAGGAGGAUGAAGUAGAUGCAACGAGUUAAAGAAUUUUGUGUGUGUGAUUUAUUGAAGACACAAGGGAAAUUGCAGAUUUUAUCACAUCAGGAAUCACAAUAUAAAUUAUGAAACACAUGGGAGGAGUGACCUAAUCGAAAGUAUAGCUUAAAAAACGAAUAAACUGGACUAUACUUAAGUGCAAAAAUGUCACACUUCUCUCUAAUCACCUAAAAAUAGUAAUAAAGUAUAAAUAAAUAAAUAUUACUUGCGCUAUUUGGCAAGUUACUACAUUACUAUUUAAUACACAAUUCAAAAAUACAAAAAAACUAAUUAAUAAUUACAAAUAUAUACUACUAUACUACAGCAUACAAUAUUCAUAUGUACAAAUAUAUACAAAAACAAAAAAAUAUAAAGUAUACUACAUAUUCAUAUAUACUAAAGGGAUUCAAAAGUCUACCAUAAGUUAAAUACUAAACUGAAUAAUAUAUUUACAAUAUUAAUGGAAUAAACUGCUAAAAGUAUUUACAAAUAUCCGAACCAUAUUACGAGCUGCAGUUAACAAAACAACAUAACUUUAAGCAAUGAUCUCGAAUAAAACUGGAAAUAUGUAUGUAUAUACUAUAAAUAUAAAUAUAUAAAUUACUAAAAGCUAUACACAUAUAUACAUACAAAUAUCUUACUAUAAAAGUAAAAAAAAAUAUGCUGAAAUGUAGCUUGUUGCGUAAUUGAUGGCUUUAUAGCUUUUAAAAGACAUUACAGAAAUAUUACAAAUAAUAUUAUAUUGAAAAGAAAAAAAUGUUGUUGCUUUAGAAAUGCUAUAUACUAUGUAUUGUUGCUAUGUAGUUGCCAUAUUCUACUAUGUAGUAGUGUUGUUGUUAUAGUUGUAGUUAUAGUUGAGACUUUGUAGAGUUGCUGUCAAUAAUAUGCUUUAGCAAGCAAAAUUAUAGCCGACUAUAAAAGCAAUAAUUUAGCAAAAUAUGAAAAAAUACUAUUAACCGUUAAAAAUUAUUAAAAAAUAUUGAAAGAAACAAAGCGUUAGGCAGGCUGGCCCUGUUAAGCAAUCGUUUGCAAAGAAAGUAAAAAUUAUGAACUUAAAAAUUCGAACAUAAUCUAAAAGUUGUUGGGAGCAAUAUUUAUUGUCCGCCAAAAUUAAGCUUAAAAUGUAAGCAAUUUAAGCUAUAAAGUUUCUGAAAUUUAAGUAUAUGCUUUCUACAUUGACGAUUGAUAAUAUUGCAGUACAAACUUAAGGUGUUUCAUAAUUUUUGUUGUUGAAAAAAUUUUAUGUCUGAAAUACCCUCAAAAAAUUUCUAAAAUAUUUUCUUUUAUAAUACCCCACAAAUAACAUCUAAAUCUCCAAACACCCCAUACGACUCGUUAAAAAUUUUACCCGAAAAAAUUUUUUCUCCUAAAUACCCUCAAAAAAUUUCGAAAAUAUGUUUUUUAGAAUAUCCCAUAAAUGCCAAAUUAAUAACUGUAAUAUAUUCCCUAAAAUAUGAGUAGAAAUUAUUUUCAUUAAAAUCACAAAUAUUUGCAUACUUUUAGGGUCAGUACUUUAAUAGUAAAAAAAAUUGAUUUGUUGUAUUCGGAAACCGUAGACCUCACUCUAGGACUUCAUAACUGAGUUGUUUCUGGAGUGAACUGUGAUCUCGUCGGCAUAAAACUCGAAUAAAUCUCUCACUGUUUUUAUUUAUUUUUUAUUAAAUUUUUACUUUUUAAUCCGGUUGGAUCCAACAUUUUUCAUUUUUAUUUCCAAAAAAUUAUUUUCUAAUCUCAUAAAAAAUAAAAA